AUGGCCACAUCACAGGUUGCCAACAAUGCGCAACCACCGCUUGAAGAGCCCAUUACUUGCCCAGACCAUCUGGAUGGGGUAGCCUAUCUAUACGGGCACCCAUUGAUCAACUCUCUCUCGCCACCCCUGCACCAGACCGUCUACAAGAAGCUGGGCCUGAACUGGACGCAGAUCCCCCUGUCCAGCGUCACAGGCAAAUCAGCCACCUACCCACCGCCAUACACCAAAUCACCACCAAUCGACAAGUACCUGGCGGCAAUCCGAGCCAACCCCAAGUUCGUCGGGUCGUCUGUAACGAUGCCCUGGAAGGUAGCCAUCAUGCCUUACCUAGACGAGAUGACCGAAGACGCGCAGCAAGCAGGCGCCUGCAACACCAUCUUCGUGCGCCGGGGGGCCGGAAACAAGCGCACCUACGUCGGCACCAACACCGACUGCAUCGGCAUCCGCGAAGCCCUGGUGCAGAACGCCCCAGCUACUCCCGAGGACCCCUUCCGCGGCAAGCCCGCCCUCAUCGUCGGCGGCGGCGGCACCGCCCGCACCGCGAUCUACGUGAUGCGCAAGUGGCUAGGCGCUAGCAAGAUCUACAUUGUCAAUCGCGACAGCGCAGAGGUCGAGGCUAUCCUCCGGGAAGACAACCAGCGCAAUCCCGACUCCACCAAGGCGCCCCUCAUCCACGUCUCUGACCCUGCAUCCGCUGCGGCGGCCGACAAGCCCGCGGCCAUUGUCUCCGGCAUCCCGAACUACCCGCCCAAAACGCCCGAGGAGCUCCGCGCCCGUGAGACCCUGCAGGCCUUUUUGGGAUCGCGCCAGCAGUCCGGUGAACCCUUCAAGGGCGUUAUCCUCGAGAUGUGCUACCACCCUACUCCCUACACCGAGAUCGCGGCGCUGGCGUCCGCCACCGGCUGGAAGGUCAUCAUGGGCACCGAAGCCCUCAUCUGGCAGGGUCUGGAGCAAGCGCGACUUUGGACUGAUCGGGAUAUCGUCGCUGUACCGGGCCUGGUGCAGGCUGUCCGCGACAUGGUGAGCAGGUCGAUUGCAGACCGGACGCCUAAGCUGUCGAAGAUGUGA